GAAGGCAUCCAUCUGGUGUGUGUAGCUAUCUCCUUGGAAAGUGCCGUCUACACAAAUUGUGUUGCGUUCAGUUCAUGUCAGAAAGUAAGCAGAGAGCCGCGUGGAACAGCAGCAGCAGCAGCAGCAAGCCCAUUAAAGAAGAGCUAUAGCAAUGUCUUCCAGCUCAGCGAUGGUGCGGAUCCUGAUAAAGGGUGGAAAGGUGGUGAAUGACGACUGCACCCAGGAGGCAGACGUCUACAUCGAGAACGGCAUCAUCCAGCAGGUGGGGAAGGAGCUGAUGAUUCCAGGUGGAGCCAAAGUGAUCGACGCCUCUGGAAAGCUGGUCCUCCCUGGGGGCAUCGACACCAGCGUUCACCUGGAGGAGAGCUUCAUGAACGCCACCACGGCUGACGACUUCUACAGCGGCACCAAGGCUGCUCUAGCUGGCGGUACAACAAUGGUGAUUGGACAUGUUCUGCCAGAGAAGAAUGAGUCUUUGCUGGAAGCCUACGAGAACUGCCGCAGCUCAGCGGACUCCAAAUCCUGCUGUGACUACGCUCUGCACGUGGGAGUUACUUGGUGGGGACCCAAGGUGCGAGCUGAGAUGGAGAAGCUAGUGAGAGAAAAAGGAGUGAACUCCUUCCAGAUGUUCAUGGCUUAUAAGGACAUGUUCAUGCUGAGGGACAGCGAGCUCUUCCAGGCGCUGCAGCAGUGUAAGGACAUUGGAGCGAUAGCAAGAGUCCAUGCUGAGAAUGGGGAACUGGUGGCAGAGGGUGCAAAGGAAGCGUUGGACCUGGGCAUCAGUGGCCCAGAGGGGAUAGAAAUCAGCAGGCCUGAGGAGCUUGAAGCAGAGGCGACCCACAGGGCAAUUACCAUCGCCAACAGGGCCAACUGCCCAAUCUAUUUGGUCAAUGUUUCCAGUAUAGCUGCGGGAGAUGUUGUGGCUACGGCCAAGAUGCAGGGUAAGGUGGUCCACGGCGAAACAACCACAGCCCACUCUGUGCUGAACGGCAUGCAAUACUAUCAUCAGGACUGGGCCCACGCUGCUGCCCAUGUCACUGUGCCUCCUCUUCGCCUGGAUCCUAAUACUCCAAAUUUCCUGAUGAGCCUGCUUGGAAAUGACACUCUGAACGUUUUGGCCUCUGACCACCGUCCAUUCACCGUCAAACAGAGAGCCAUGGGCAAGGAUGACUUCACAAAGAUUCCCCACGGGCUUCCAGGCAUUCAGGAUCGCAUGAGCGUCAUCUGGGAAAGAGGAGUGCUUGGAGGUAAAAUGGACGAGAACCGCUUCGUAGCAGUCACAAGCUCAAACGCAGCCAAGAUCUACAACCUCUACCCCAGGAAAGGGAGGAUCAUCCCCGGAGCAGAUGCUGAUGUAGUGGUCUGGGACCCAGAGGGAUCCAAGACAAUCUCUGUGGAUAACCAAGUCCAAGGAGGAGAUGUAAACCUGUAUGAGGGUCUACGUUGUCAUGGCGUUCCGCUGGUCACCAUCAGCCGUGGCCAUCUAGUCUAUGAAAAUGGCACGUUCACAUGUGCUGAAGGCUCUGGGAAGUUUUGCCCACUGAGAACCUUCCCUGAUUACCUUUACAAGAAGAUGGUUCAGAGGGAAAAGAGCCAGGCUGUUAAAGCUGUUGAACGGGAGCCUUACACAGGUGAGGUAGUAGAAGUGAUCAACUCAGGAAAGAGGGACUUGGGGGCUCCAGAUGGCGACACUCCAACCCGUCCAUGCACCCGGCAUGGGGGCCAGAGGGAUCUCCACGAGUCCAGCUUUAGCCUGUCUGGUGCUCAGAUCGAUGACAACAUUCCAAAGAGAUCUUCGGCAAGGAUCCUUGCUCCCCCUGGAGGAAGAUCCAGCGGGAUCUGGUAACCAAUCAGAUGGCCAUUACAUGAAGCAGAAGAAUGAUACCUGAGAGACACACACGGCCGAGCAAGAUGUCUUGUUUUUUUCUUUCUGGAAGCUUAGAAUGUGUGUGAGGUAAUGACGUUUUUAUGUUGAACUCAGCACAGUUAGUAUUAAGACCACAAAACAUUCAACUGUAUCACUUUCUUUGAAUAUGGAUCAAUAUGGACUGUUAUAGCCACAAAAUGUCAGUCAAAAUGUUAACCAAAUAAAAGCAGGAAGUUCAAAAGUGAAGUGAAUAUUUGGCUUUAGUUGGAUUAAUGAAGGGGAAAUAUCUUGUGAAUAGUUUUAGGAAUAUGAAGGUGAGUCAUGGUUUUUAUGAUGCGAUUGUUUUACCUCACUGUAAAAUACAAUUUUGCACUUGUAUCAUGUACUAUUUAGAUGCCUUUUUACAUGAUUUAAUGUCACAAAUAUCACAAAUGUCUUUUUACUGCGAGCCAUGCUGAUUUAAAUGUUAUUACAUAUUUCAAAUGUGUCGGUAUGACUUUACAGAUUUUCUCAGCUGCUUUGGCUCAACUCGUUGAAGUUGCCGAAUUAAAAACCAUGUGAUAUCCAGAGUUCCAUACUUAUGUAUUAAGCACAAAAAGAGAAUUGUUUUAAACGUUUUGGUCACCACAUUCAGGAAAUUAAGGAAAAUUGUCAACAUUUUGGAUAAUUAUUAGUUGAAGUUAUUACAAAGCAUUUAGUUCUUCUCAGUUGAACAGUUUUAUCCUAAGAAAAUCUAAUGCUUUGUUUGUUUUUUGAAAGUAAUAAACAGUCAAAUAAUCCCUGUAUUUUUCAACAUGUGGAGCAACAUGAAGCUGAACGUUUUUAAGUUUCUGUUCUCUGUGGUGUUUUGAUGAUUUUCUUUUUGUGUUGUGUGAACAUUGCAGACACACACGAGAGUACAGAAACAACGAUACAGAAAUGAGUCAUUUUGCUGCCUAUGAAUUAUCCAUUGACAAAUAAGUCUUCUUGUUAAUUAAAGAUUUGGCAUGAGUUACAGACUUAUGCAGGUUAUCAAAGUGUCUCCACAUCAGCUGUGUUUUUUAAUUAAUCUGGACUUGACAAAUGUGCCAAAGCAGUUGAGAAAAACUAAAAUGUCAGUGAAAAAGAAUCCAGUUGCAAUUGACCAAUUGAUGAAAAUAUCUGAAUGCAAGCUAAGCUUUUUUUUAUCUGUUUAUUUAUUUUUUUAUAUUGCAUUAUCCGUGCUGUUUUCCGUUGAUGCUACUGUGUUAGAAAUUAGUUCCUGGUAAGAAUGAAGUCUUUGUUGGCCAGUUCAUCUUUGUCAGAUUAGCAUUUCUGAUCGUGUUUACAGCCUUAUAGCAGAAUAGACUUCUGUUCCACCCCCACCAAAUGUGAAUGAACCAAUGCAUAGUUAGACCUACUGUUAUUAGCUCUAAUGUUGCUGAUGUAACGCAUAUCCAUUUUCCACAGACAGCAAAAAGUCUCACCCAAACUGCCUUUUAUCUCACCUGAGAACACAAGAUACCCACAAACGCACUGUCUCAUACUGCCAGUAUGGAUCACAACCUGUUGAUCACUGAUGUUACCAAAGGAGGGGGCAUUUUUUCCUGCUUUAAUGCAAGGUUCAAAAUGUCCCUCCGAUGUAACCUCUCCACUGUGAAGUACACAGAGAAGGUGAAGUGAUCCUCUUUACCAUUUGCAGCAAAGCACUGACACUACUACUGUGUUUUUAAUGUUUGUUUUUAGUUACAGAUGUUGUCUUGUGAUUACUUGUCUAAGGGAUUUUGUUAACUCUGCACUACAAGCAGCGGUGCAUACAGGAUACUGACCAUGUUUAGACUGUUAAGAAUAUGACCCUGCCACAGUAAAAGUCCUAUUUUAUCUGUGUUUGCUUUUAUUGAACAGAUUUUACCUUUUUGUCUUUAGCGACUCCAGUGUUUUGUUGUCCCCUUAUCCCCCCUCCCAUUUGUACACUGGUGCUGAACACAUUGAAUUCCAUUUAUCUCGGAUCUGUCUUGCAGCUUUUUAUCACAUGAUUUGAGUGCAAAUAAACCACAAUGAAAUCUCAGACUAA